AUGAAGAAAGACGCUAGAAACGACGAGUCAGAAGACCCGAAACUUUGGGGAGCGCUUCUGUUCGGCUUAAUUGGCGCCACCGCCACUACUCUCGUCUUCGGUCAGCUACGGAAGACUGCUGAAUGGCUAUCUCUGCUAUCUAGGUCUCAAGGGUGGAAAGGAAAAAGUGGGAGUACUUAUAGGACAGCUUUUCAGGAAGAGGCAUGGAGAAAACAUAAUAAACGAAUGCAAGAGGAGUAUGAAGAGGAGAUGGAGAGAGUUGUGAGUUUUCUUUCUUCUUUUAUUUAUCUGGCUGGGUUUGUUAUCGUCAUUGUUGUGAUAAAUUUUAUUGGUCUAGGCAGGGAACGAAUAAGGCGUAUGCAAAACGUGUUUAACAGAGAAAGAAAUAAGUACAAAAGAGGCUAUGAAAGCUGGAAGGAACAUGGUCCUAGCCCAUAUCAUCAACAUUUCCAAAGAGAAGAUUGGUAUUGGAAGACUGAUACUUCAUACAAAAACAGGAGGACUAAUUAUCGAGAAACUCCAAGAGAGAGCAGAAACUAUGCAUUAUCACAUCACUAUUCAGUUUUGGGUCUUGACAGGUUUAGGAAAGCACCAUAUUCAGACGCUGAAAUUAAGUCAGCAUUUAGGACAAAGGCAAAGGAGUAUCAUCCUGAUCAGAACCAGGAUAAUAAAGACGUUGCUGAAGCCAAGUUCAAAGAAGUGAUGACUUCAUUCGAGGCCAUAAAACAAGAGAGAAAUAACCAAAAUCUGUAA